UCUGUUCUCGGUUCAGCCGGUCACACCAUGGGCAACCGGAGCAGCAGCAAGAAGCACGGCUCUGGCUCUGAGGAUGAGGGGCCACUGGACAAGAGCAUGGCCAAGAAGGUGAUGAAGGCUACUAAGCUGGACCAGAAGGAGGUGGAUAAGCUGUUCUUCUACUUUCAGGAGCUGGCUGCGCUGUCAGGUGGCUCUAGCGACCUAGAGGUGAUCACCAAAGAGGUGUUUGUGGAGCAUUGCCUGCACCUGGGCACCGCACCCGACACGGCCGAGCUCUUCUUCCGCAUCUUUGACGUGGACGGCUCCAACUCGAUCGACUUUCAAGAGCUGGCUAUGUACACGGCGCUGGUGGCGACUGGGACGCGCGAGGCCAAGAUCGAGGCCACAUUCAAGGUAUUUGAUUCGAACGGCGAUGGGCGACUCUCGCGCGACGAGGUGGCGCAGAUGCUGCGGCACUCGGUCCGGCUGGCCAACGCGCUGUGCAUGCCGGUCUCCGAGUCUAUGGCUGUCCUGGCCGACACGCCCGAGCACACCGCUGCGCAGGUCGACGCCGUCUUUGCCACUGCCGACGAGGACCAUGAUGGCGUCAUCACGCUCGACGAGUUCAAGACCGUCGCCACCAUCAACUCGCAGCUCCGCGGCGUGUUGGACUUUUUCUACUACCUCUCCAACCCCAAGCUCAUCUCGGUCAACCAGGAAAAGGCCAAGCAUAUUCGCAAGGCGCGCCUCAAGGCGCUCGAGCACAUCGACGACGAGCCCGACGCGCUGCCGCCUCUGGACCUGCGCUCGUUCGACGAGGACUAUGACUCGUGGGACUCGGAAGACGACAUCGCUGCCGCUGCUGCCGCUGCCCGUGCCGAGGGCCGAUACGAUCGCCUGCUCGCCGCAUAUGUCGACCAGUUCCGUGCCGUCACAGACCGUGCCGCCCGCGACGCCGAGGAUGCCAUCUACCACGGCAAGGCCGAGCUCGACCUCGUCCACUCACCCGACAAACCCAUCGACCCCAUCAUCGAUCCCGAGGCUGCCCGUGCCCGUGCCUCCAAGUCGUUGUCGAGCAAGCCGACCGGCCCGACCGGUGACAAGUCGCGCCGCAGGAAAAAGUCGUCGCGGAACGAGUCGUCGGCCGACUCGCCCGAGUCGCGCUCGUCGCGCAAGAAGCGCCGCUCAAAGUCGUCGCGGACCGACGGCUAGACGAGCCUUGAUUAAACGUUGCUAUGCUUG